UGCUGGUUGAACAAAUCCCUCUCUCUCUCUCUCUCUCUCUCUCCCCCCCUCCCACCCCUCUCUGAAUCAUCAAACUGGAUUUUAUGACUUAAUAUCUCCGAUUUUUGCUCUGAAUUUACAUUGAUUAUACAUAAUGUUUGAUUGCGGUUCGAAGUCUCAAUACAUUGCUGGACAGCGGGACAAGUUUGUAAGGUUGGACGACCUGGACUCGAGACUGUCAUCCCCAUCAGCUGCAGUUGCAACAAACAAAUGUGGCUUCAAUAUUGAUGGUUUGGGCCGUGGUGGUCGUACAACUCAUACUCCAUCAAAGUCCUUUAAGAGAGGAAUGAGAAAGGGGUCCCAAGGACUAAAAUCAAUUGGUCGGUCCCUUGGAUUUGGCGUCUCUAGGGCGGUAUUUCCUGAGGACCUCAAAGUGUCUGAGAAGAAGAUAUUUGAUCCGCAAGACAAACUUCUUACAUUUUGGAACAAGCUCUUUGUGACCUCUUGUAUUCUGGGUGUAUCUGUGGAUCCACUGUUUUUCUUCCUGCCAGUUUUUAAUCAGUCAUCAAAUUGCCUGGACAUAGAUAGAAAGUUAGCUAUCACGGCAACGACACUGCGGACAAUUGUUGAUGCUUUCUAUCUUAUUCACAUGGCUCUUCAAUUCCGAACUGCUUAUAUUGCUCCAUCAUCUCGGGUGUUUGGACGAGGUGAACUUGUAAUAGAUCCUGCACAGAUUGCUAAACGAUACUUGAAGUGCUAUUUCAUCAUUGAUUUCCUCGCAGUGCUUCCCCUACCCCAGAUCGUUGUCUGGAGAUUUCUGCAGAGGUCAAAAGGCUCAGAUGUACUGGGUACAAAACAAGCACUGUUUUAUAUCAUUUGGCUUCAGUACAUUCCUAGAUUUGCCCGAGUUUUUCCACUAACUUCAGAAUUGAAAAGAACUUCUGGUGUCUUUGCUGAAACUGCAUGGGCUGGUGCAGUUUCCUAUUUGCUCCUAUACAUGCUUGCCAGUCAUAUAGUUGGGGCUUUCUGGUACUUAUUAUCUGUGGAACGUAAUGAUACAUGCUGGCAGAGAGCUUGUAGACACAGUGGAAAAUGUAUCACCAAUUUCUUAUAUUGUGGAAAUCAAAACAUGCCAGGCUAUGAUAUCUGGAGCAACAUUAGUGUUUCAGUCUUAACUUCGGCUUGCCCUGUGGAUGAUGAGAAGAAUAUGCCAUUCGACUUCGGAAUCUUCAGGCAGGCUUUGUCAUCUGGCAUAGUUUCAUCAAGAAAGUUUUUGUCCAAAUAUUGUUACUGCCUGUGGUGGGGGCUGCAGAAUUUGAGUACACUUGGACAAGGACUUCAAACCAGCACUUUCCCUGGGGAGUCUAUAUUUAGCAUUGCACUUGCCAUCCUUGGGCUCAUUCUCUUUGCACUUUUGAUUGGAAAUAUGCAGACAUACCUUCAGUCACUUACCAUUCGACUUGAAGAGAUGAGAGUCAAAAGGCGUGACUCAGAGCAAUGGAUGCAUCAUCGCUUGCUCCCCCCAGAUCUCAGGGAGCGGGUUAGGCGCUAUGAUCAGUACAAGUGGUUAGAAACGCGUGGAGUGGAUGAAGAAAGUUUGGUUCAGAGUCUACCUAAGGAUCUCAGAAGGGACAUCAAACGUCAUCUUUGUCUGGCUUUGGUCAAGAGGGUCCCACUAUUCGAGAAUAUGGACGAGAGGUUGCUUGAUGCCAUUUGUGAGAGGCUGAAACCCUGUUUGUACACGGAAAAUACUUACAUUGUCCGAGAAGGAGAUCCAGUCGAUGAGAUGAUAUUCCUCAUCCGCGGUCGUCUGGAGAGUGUGACAACUGACGGUGGAAGAAGUGGUUUCUUCAAUCGCAGUUUACUGAAAGAAGGCGAUUUUUGUGGCGAGGAGCUUCUGACCUGGGCACUAGAUCCAAAAUCAGGUUCUAACCUGCCAUCUUCUACUCGGACGGUAAAGGCUCUGACUGAAGUCGAGGCUUUUGCCCUCACAGCUGAUGAAUUAAAGUUCGUUGCCAGUCAAUUCAGACGGCUCCACAGUCGGCAGGUCCAACACACCUUCCGUUUCUACUCACAGCAGUGGCGCACUUGGGCCGCUUGCUUUAUUCAAGCAGCGUGGCGUCGGUAUUCUAAAAGGAAACUAAUGGAGCUCAAGAGGAAGGAAGAAGAAGCAGAAGAAUUAGCUGGUGCCAGCAGCAAUGCCGGUGGAGGCUCGUAUAGCAUCGGGGCAACAUUCUUGGCGUCCAGGUUUGCUGCAAAUGCUCUGAGAGGAGUGCACAGAAACCGGAAUCUUAAAAGUGCCCGUGAGUUGGUCAAGCUGCAAAAGCCCCCAGAACCUGAUUUUACUGCCGAUGCAGAUUAAUAGCAUCUUAACUCAGUUUUUGUUGACUCCUAAAUCGAUCUUUGGAGCUCCCAAGGGUCAAAAAUGUAUAAUACUGGAGUGUUACUGUUGUGAGUUAUGUAACUGAUGUUUAUGGUUUGAAUUCUUUAUAAGGAAUUUGUAAAGAUCAGCCUGAUAAUAUUACAUUGUAUAUUAGAUUUGAGGACGAAUGAUUUCAUAAACUGCAGUUCGGAGCAUA